GUGUUUGUGUCGCUCACACACACACACACAUACAAUACAGCACACGUGCGACCACCAGGCUUUCUCUACAAAGAUCUACAGUGGAUUUAGCCUACAAGGAGAUACGUCUGGUGAUGUUCAGUUGUCUUGGAUUAGAGUUCCAGUUAACUGUACAUUACAGUUGUUUGUUUGCUGGUGAUCGUCGGACCGGUUCAUGUGGAGGGAUCGUUUGGAUACGGAUUGAGUAACAAGAACAAGGAAGAACGAGAAAGCAAAAUAGAGAGUCAGGGAUGAAAUAGCUGAUGCUCGCGGUGAUAAAGAGUGUUUGGGUUAGAGAUGACAGUUAGAUGAAGGGAUUUGUUUGGCACUAGAGAGAGAGGGAAGAAAAGAGAGAGAGAGAGAGAGGGCAGUGGGAGGGAGGAGAGACAGAGGAUCCAGCCCUCUGGGACAGCCGUGUGUGUUUUGGGGGUGGACAGAGUGGCUUUGUAUGCAGAACAUCACCGGACACCAACGGGAGGGACGCUGUCAGUUGUUCUCUGUGUGUGUGUCUGUAGUGAAACCAGACCUACCUCUGAUCCCAGCGCCACACACACUCCUCCAUCUGCUGCCCAGGAGGCUGCCUUCUGCUUCCUCUGAGAGGGUUUGGAUGUGAGUGAGAGUCUUGGAGGUCUGUGAUGUGGAACUUGUGGGAUUAAACUUUCUGGAGCGAUGGAUCGGAGCCAGGAGACGGGAAGCUCAGAUUCUUGAUUGACUGGAGGAUCCCAGAGGAAAACCACCCCAUCUUCUCUUUCGCUUGAUCGUCUCUUCUACGUCUGGACGUUGUCUAAGGGGCUUGUGCAGAGUGUGUGUGUGUGCAGCCCAUGCGGGCGGUGAGGGAUGCGGAUCUGAGGAAACUCCACGCCCCGAUGCCCGCUGCUAUGCUCCCGUGCCCUACGCCGGCCGGGUCUGACUGGAGCUUCCAGAACCCGGUGGGGGUGGACUGCAGCUCCCCUGAGCCUCGCUGCAUCUGGCUGGCGGUGCUCCGCAGCGCCACAGGUUCAGUGCCGCCGCCCGCGACGCCCGCCAUGCCCAUUGGGCAACGCCAGAGCUCUCACCAACCCAGGGGUAAGGGGCGGAGGGAUGGUCUCUCCUCAGCCGGUGACAACCCUCGGCCGCCGAUGGCGACCCGGCCGGGAAGGGAGGGGGUCGGCGUGGGCUGGAAAGGUCCCCGGACGCUGGUCCUCCAUAAGAACUCCCAGGGUUUUGGUUUCACGCUACGCCACUUCAUCGUCUACCCUCCAGAGUCCGCCCUGCACACCAACCUCAAGGAUGAGGAGAACGGUAACGGAAAGGGGUAUCAGAAAGGUCGACUGGAGCCGAUGGACACCAUAUUUGUGAAGAGUGUGAGAGAAAAAGGUCCGGCCCAUCAGGCGGGCUUGUGCACAGGGGAUCGGCUGGUGAAAGUGAACGGAGAGAGCGUGCUAGGAAAGACGUACUCGCAGGUGAUAGCCCUCAUUCAGAACAGUGAAAGUGUGUUGGAGCUCUCCAUUAUGCCAAAAGAUGAAGACGUGCUUCAGUUGGUAAGUGCUUACUCCCAGGAUGCCUACCUGACAGGCAACGAGCCCUACUCAGGGGGAGCUGAGUACCUCCCGCCGCCGCCUCCCCUCUGUUACCCUCACACCAAGGCCACGCCCCCUGCUGGAGCCCCUCUGUCUGGCUCUAUGGGCCAGAACCAGCUGGAUAACUGGAGUCGCUGGCCAGGCUCUUCCAGCCCCUCUUCUCCCCUGGACAACCGCUCCGGUGUGGGCAGCCCCGCCAGCUGGCAGGAAGGGCGAGCAGGAGAGCCAGGCGGUGUGGGUCACAGCAGCCCGGCCCACCGCACAGAGGAGAUCCAGUACGGUAUGACCAGCCAGCAGCCUCAGGGACAGACCAGGGGGCGCUCCUACUCUUCCUCUUCCUCAUCAGGAGGCCCUUUGUCCAGCCCGCUGCAAGUCCACUACCCGAACCACCACGCCGCCAGCUCCUCUCAGGCUCAGCCACGCAAGUCCAGCUCAGCCUGGACCAGCCCUCCCCCGCCCCAGCUCAGCCAUGGCCGCACUGAGCGCUGCCAGCAGGCCCUCUCUGACUGGUUCCACAACCAGCAGCCUGAGCGCCCAGGACGCAGCAUGCAGACCCGCCACCGCAGCUACUCUCAGGACCGGCUCAUUGAUUCAAGGAGGCAGCAGCAGCGGUCAGGUGGCUGGCCGCACAGCGCCUCCCAGGACACUCUGAUGUUACUACAGCAGUCAGGACCAGGACCCCACGGAGAGCCCUACUGGUCCUACGGAGACUGGGAGGGGGGCCCAGAUAGGGGCCACCCUACCACUAACUAUACCCGAACGCGCUCUGAAAACCUGCUGGCCCAGUACGAUCGCCACGGGCGCUCGUUGGAGAUGCUGGACCGGGCAGCAGCUGGAGUGGUCUCGCCUCGGUUUGAGAGGCCUUCAUGGCACCAGCAGGCUCCCAAGCCGCCCCCCAGGCCUGACGCCUACCCACGGCCACAGGGGAGCCAUUACGGUGCUGCACAAGCUCCUCAGAUGUCCCGACACACACCGUCACAUUCUAAACACCACCCCCAGACUCACACCCAGGCCCACACCCAGCCUCCGCCCCAGCAAGCAGCCCCCCAGAGCAGGCGGCUUCCCCCCGGGCAGAGCAUUGACGACCAGCCGGUGGGCUACCGCAGCUACAGCCCGUCUUUUUACCGCAAAACUGGCCGCAUCAUGCAGCAAGCCCACUCUUUCAGGGACCCUUCGUACUCUGGCCCUCACAUGAACUGGAACCCAACGCCUAAAACCAGCCCGCCAGAGGGCACAACGGCACCGCUCACUGCCUCCGCCUCGUCCCCCCUCGCCUCCGCCACUCCCGAAUCCCAGGACAGAGCGUACAGGCCGACAAACCACGAGAGGGAACGAGGGUCAGUGGAGGCGCAGGCGGAGUUGCUGGCGGCACAGACCCAGGAAGUGGUGCUGAGGCAGAAACCUCCCACCGGGCGGAGGAACGCCCACGGCAUGCGUCACCCCCACUACGCGCUGCCCAUGGACGGGCUAGAACCCUCUUUGUUUUCUCCUGAUCCCCAGGACUCGGCUCCUGCCCCCGGUUCCACGGGAGACGUAGCCCCACGCAAACCAAACGGCAACCUCGCCCCCCUCCCCAUAGAGGACGACUCCCUGGCUUCCAUCCCCUUCAUAGAUGAACCGACCAGCCCCGGCGCUGAUUUGCACGCCCGCCACGUGCCGGCGUCCUCCGUGGUGUCCAGCGGCAUGAACUCGGCACCCGCCGUGGUCGCCAGUUCCGCCUCCCCUACCUUCACCUUCCCCCUCACUAGGCUCUUCUCACACGACUGCAGCAGUAUUAAAUCCGGUCGCCGUUCCUCCUAUCUUCUAGCCAUCACCACCGAGCGCUCCAAGUCGUGUGACGAAGGACUCAACUCGUUCAGAGAGGAAGGCCGAGUGUUCUCGAGGCUACCAAAGAGAGUGAAGAGCUUCUUCACAGAUGGGUCUCUGGACAACCUCGGGACAGCAGAGGAGGUUCGAUCUAAACGCCACUCCACCUCAGAGCUGGGAAACAUCACUUACAGCGACGUACGGCGAGAAGGAUGGCUGCACUUCAAACAGAUCCAAACAGAGAAGGGCAAGAAGGUGGGCAGCGGCAUGCGUCCCUGGAAGCGAGUCUAUUCUGUGCUUCGCUCCCAUUCGCUGUUCCUCUACAAGGACAAGAGGGAGGCGGUGCUGCGCGGGGCCACGAUCGGAGGCUCGGCCGAGGACGAGGAGCCGUUCAGCAUCCGGGGCUGCCUGGUGGACAUCGCGUACAGCGAGACCAAACGGAAGCACGCCCUGCGGUUGACCACGCAGGACUUCUGCGAGUACCUGCUGCAGGCGGAGGACCGGGAAGACAUGCUGGACUGGAUCAAGGUCAUCAGGGAGAACAGCAAGACGGACAGCGAGGAGCUCGGCUUCUCCAGACAGGCGCUCAUCAAUAAGAAGCUGAAUGACUACAGGAAACAGAGUCCAACAGGCAACAAGCCCGACUCCUCUCCCAGGAUGCACCGCAUGAAACCUCCCUUCCUGCUCAACAAGACGGAAAACGCUUCGGGGGCGCCACGCUCCCCCAAACCAGAGGGCAAAGAUGAGAGCGGCCCUCCGAAGUCUCCGUGGGGAAUCAACAUCAUGAAGAAGGCAAAGAAGUCCGGGCCUAAAUGUUUCGGUGUGAGGUUGGAGGAUUGUCAGCCGGGUGUAAUUAACAAGUUCAUCCCGUUGAUCGUGGAGAUCUGCUGCGGUUUAGUGGAGGACAUGGGUCUGGAGUACACGGGAAUCUACCGCGUCCCCGGGAACAACGCCAUGGUGUCGGCGCUUCAGGAUCAGCUCAACAAGGGUUGCGAAAUCAACAUUGCAGAGGAGAAGUGGCAAGACCUCAAUGUUGUCAGCAGUUUACUCAAAUCCUUUUUCAGGAAACUUCCAGAGCCGCUCUUCACCAACGACAAAUACAACGACUUCAUCGACGCCAACCGGAGCGACAGUGCGUCAAACAGACUAAAGACCAUGAAGAAACUGAUCCGAGACCUCCCAGAUUAUUAUUACCACACUCUCAAGUUCCUGGUUGUUCACCUGAAGACUGUAGCCGACAGCUCAGAUAAAAACAAGAUGGAGCCCCGUAACCUGGCUCUGGUGUUCGGGCCGACUCUGGUCCGAACGUCUGAGGACAACAUGAAAGAUAUGGUCACACACAUGCCUGACCGCUACAAGAUAGUAGAGACGCUCAUCCAACAUUGCAACUGGUUUUUCACUGAAGAGCAAGACAAGGAUGAAAAGACGCCGGUGGACACGGAGGACCCACAGCCCGCCCCCAACAUCGACCACCUGCUCUCCAACAUCGGCAGGACCGCUCUGCUCGGGGAGGCCUCAGACUCAACCAACAGUGACUCAGCUAAAUCAAAGGGGUCAUGGGGGUCAAAGAAAGACCUCACACCCAAGGACUUCCUGACUCUGUCCAUCAUGUCAGCUGUUACGGGCCGCAAACGCAGGAAGCGCCAUAACCGCCGCGUGGGCAGCAGCACCGACGACGACUCGGAGCACGAGCCAAUCAAAGCCGGACAUUUAGGGACGGAGGAGGAAGAGGAGCCAGAGUCGCCUGUCGGAGACACUGCUCCUCGAGCAGAGGGAGAGGAGGACGACGAUGAAGAAGAAGAGGAGGAAGAAGAGGAAGAGGAAGACGAGGAAGUUGUUGAAAGCGGAGUAAAGGCAGAGGUAGAAGAGGAGGCGGCGGCGGUGGUUAUUCCCAGUCGGCCGUGCUGUAAAGAGGAAGAGGAGGCGGGAGGAAGGCAGGCGGUGGUGUUGUUGCACGGGGAGGAGGCGCGGGCGGAGGUGAAGGGGCCGCCGUGGAGAGCCCCAGAGGAUGCUCGCUCUAUUGUCUCUGGUUACUCCACCCUCUCCACGUUAGGGCGCAGCCUGGGGUCAGUGGGGAGGGGCGACGACGCCGAUGACGAGAACAGCGAGCUGGUGAGCGAGACGGACAAUGAGAGCGGUUUCGCCUCGCGCUCCCUCACCCAGGAGAGACCCGAUAAACACCCGACGACACCUGUGAGCCCGCAGCCGCCAGCGGCCCAGCGCAGCUUCCUCUACACACACUACAAACCCCCCGUUCUCUCGCCCACAAACCUGCUGGCCCCGCCCACGGAGCUCACACACACACCGGACUCUGCGGACAGGAGCGAGGGAGGGGCGCGGUCCACCACGCCCUCGUCCUCCUCCUUCUCCUCCUCCUCCACCACUCACAGACUGCACUCGCGGCCUUCCUUCAACUCCCACAAGCUGAUCCAGUGCGACACGCUGGCCAGGAAGAAGCUGAAGUCGGAGAAGGGCAAGGCUCGCUCCCUGGACCUGAUGGAGCUGUCCGCGGCGGCAGCAGCGGCAGAGGGCGACAGGGCCGGUUCUGGGUCCGAUGGCGCACCCAGAGUGAGGAGGGACACCUCCAGAACCAACCCCUCCUCAGGCAGCAGCCAGGAGAGCCUGCGCCUGACCCGGCCCAAGCCCUCCGUGCCCCCCAGCGAGGCCGCCUCCUUCGCCCCGACCGGCCCCGGCGGCAGGUCUCUGGCGGAGCAGGUCCGCGCUCGUCUGCUGGGCUCGGCCGACGACCUGCGCAGCGUCGGGCUGCGGAAACCGCUGUCGCCGGAGACGCGGAGGAAGAGACGGGCCUGGCGCAGACACACCGUGGUGGCCUCCCCAACGGAGGUCCUUGACAAGAGACCCCCUCUGACUCUCGCUGAGUUCCCCCUGUCCCCCAUCGCUCAAAACCAGGUCAAAACACCAGGGCUGCCUCGGGACGCGGACGGGCUCGACCAAGGACCAGCUGCACGUCAAGCACCCACCUCCAGAUUCCACCAGUACCUGUGAGCCCCGCCAGCUGACCCACACUUCACUUCACAAGGAAAAGAGGCUCCUGUAGGGGGGUCCAGGCUGAGCCGCUGACUCCCUGCAGGUCAGUAGACCGGCAGCAGCGUAAACAGGGUCGUGGUCAGUUGCCAGGUGCAACACAGCGUACCAAUGACCAGGUCUUUUUAAGAGCACCCUUUUUCUUUAUCAAUAAGCUCCAUUUGCAUGGCAAGGGGCGCUCCAGUGUUGCCAAAGCUUUUUUUUUUUUUUUUCUAUAUGUGUGCUUUUUAUAGAAAUAAUAGAGACACAGACAGACCUCAUCACAAUCAAUGUUACAGCCAAGAAUUAGAGGAAUAACAGAGCGUCUUCUCUACCCCCUCCUGCUCACACACACAACAUAAAUUAAAAUCCCUUUAAGUGACCAGAGCUGGAUGCUGAACGUCCCUCUGGUUCUUGAGAGAUGGUGCUUCUUAUCAAAGUGAGGUUACAAAAUCUGGUGAGCCAUAAGAGACAGUCGGCCUCACACACACAUACUUCUAAUUACAAACAUUAUUGGUCAGUUUUAAACCAUUUCAAGAGGAUCUGAGUCUUCCUAACGUGUUCCUGCUCAGACCACACACACACACACACACUGUAACACUCACACUCUCCAAACAGAGUCGGUUACAAACACACAAAAUACACUCGUCUCUCUCUCUUCUUGUUAAUAAUGUUCAUGUGUGUUUUUGCGCAACAACAUUUGUGAUCAUGUCUGAGCGUGCAGGUGUUUGUGUUGAACAAUUUUUGUAACAUUUGUACAAAGCCUUGUUAAGUUAACCUUUGUAAAUAUAAAUAUUAUUUGUUUUUUACUUUUUUUUUUUAUGGUUUACAAAAGUGCGUACAAGUGCACAGUCAUUUUCUUUCAAGAUGUUACUUGAAAUGUUUCCCUUAAUAUAUUCUUUUUUUUUUUUUGUUUGUUUUAUAUUCAAUAUAUAUAUUAUAUAUAUUUUGUAUUAAAGUAAAAAAAAAACUUUUAUUGUGAUUUCACCUCUUGGGUGUACCUGUUCACAUGAGACAAGAUGACUAAACCUGCUCCUUAUCUCCUCAUAGAUGGCCUUUCUCUGAUUCUCAGCACUGUGCAGAAAACCUUUAGAGAUAUAAAUAAAGUUUCUCUGGUGACUUUACUUCCAACGAUGUUGCAUCUAGCAGCUACAUGUAGCAGGAGAAAGAAAUCUGGUAAUUAUUACAUGAUAUUGGGCAGUUUGCAGGCAGCUCAGCGCCACACUGUGAUGGCUGACCUCAUUUGUUUUGUUACUCGUGUCUGGGAAUGCCUCCACAGAUCUGCUCAUAUUUACUGAGCUCAACACAAAGUACGUUUCCUUCUUGUAAAAAAGAGACGAUAUUGAAGAUAUUGUGUGGCGCAUACAGACGUCUACACCUCAAGUCGGCGGCGAUUCUUUGUGUUUUCAUCACAUCCCCUCUGAGGGUUCAUCUGUCUGCAGGUUUAUUGCCUCGGGGGUUACAUGAGGAGGAGUUUUCCAUAAGGUCAGGCUCUAAUUAAUCCUCGCUGACUGGGGAAAUGGUACAUUAGAGGAAAUACAGACUAUUGUUUUCAUCUCCAUCACAAAACAGGAAAGUGAUGAGUUGUUUUCAUCUGACCAAAUAAACCCAGUGGAAAAUAAUAAUAAUAAUAAUAAUAAAUGAUAAGUUUAUAGUUUUUGUCUUACCUCAAGAUUUGUUUCUACAAAGUGCCUGAUUUCUGGAAUGUGUUUUUGUUCUGCGGUGCCAUGGUCGGUUCUUAUCUUUCCGUUUCCUUUUGUUGUUUCUGGGUCUCCGCCCUCCUCUCCUGUGGUUGAUGGUAUAACUAAGGCACUGACCCAAAGAUGUGUACAUUAAAUACAAGCGAGAGGCUGUUUAAAGAAAGGAAAAAAAGCACACUUCAAGCCAAGGACACGUCUAUGCACUCUCUUUGCCUUUAACACAGGCAUUAACAGCUACUAGCGACGCUGCUAAGAGGGAAGAGGCGUAGUACUCUCUCUGAACAAACUGAGGUCAUCUCUCUCUGCCUAGUGAUCCACAGUGUGUGAAUAUGGUACACCUAACAAAGCCCUACCCACAAACCGCCAUUAGGUCAUGUCAGACAAUUUCUUACAGAGGAACAAAACAGCCCAUCAAAAAGGAAAAACAACGUCUGAAAUGUGAUUUUUACCUAAUGUCUCAUUGUUGUAUUUUAAAAAAAUCUUUUUGUACAUACUAUCUUAAUAUGUAACAUAUUGUAUUGUGUACAUUUGGAAUUGCUUUUUGAGUAUAACUAAUAUGAAAAUGACUGGACUUAAAAAAAGGUUGUCCGCCUGAAACCAUUUCCCUCAUGGCUGUGUGCUUUAAAGCAACGUUAUAUGAUGUAAAUAAACAGAACUAUGUUUAAAAAAAA